AUGACGACAAUAAAAGCGAUCGAUAAAUCCUCAGUACAUCGCAUCUGUUCAGGUCAAGUUAUUGUAGAUCUGAGUACAACUAUUAAGGAGCUUGUCGAGAAUAGUUUGGACGCGCAGGCUACGUCCAUAGCAGAAGUGAGGCUCAAGAAUCACGGGCUCGAGCUCAUAGAAGUUAUCGAUAAUGGAAUUGGCAUACCAGAACAAAAUUAUGAAUUUCUUGCUUUGAAACACCAUACUUCAAAGUUGUCUUGUUUCGAAGAUUUGACAGUUAUCGAGUCAUUCGGUUUUCGUGGAGAAGCUCUCAGCUCACUGAGCGCUUUAUCAAAACUUACGGUUAUCACCUCGACUGAAGAACAGGCGCCAUCCGGCAGAAAACUUGAAUAUGACGCGAAUGGUCGGCUUGCAAAGACAAUUCCUACUGCACGCGAGCGCGGAACAACUGUCAGUGUACAAAGAUUAUUUGAGUCAUUGCCUGUCAGACAGAAAGAGUUUAAGAGAAAUGUCAAACGCGAGUUUGCAAAAGCUUUGACAUUGUUGCAAGCUUAUGGAAUUAUAUCAGAAGGCGUGAAAAUUACAUGCACUAAUCAGACAGGCAGAAGCGAGAGAACCACGAUUCUUGCAACUAGCGGCAAUAAAUCUAUACGUGAAAAUUUUGUAAAUAUAUUUGGUGCCAAACAAUUACCCCAAGUGAUGGCUAUAGACUUUCAGCUGAACAUUGAAUCAGAGAGAUCGAUGAUGGUUGAUGCCACAGAAUCCGAUGACAAUUCACGGAUAGAGACUGUUAUUCAAGUGGUUGGCUAUAUCUCCAAGCCGAUCCAUGGAUGUGGCCGAAAUACUACUGAUAGACAGUACUAUUACAUAAACGGACGUCCUUGUACAUUACCAAAGGCAUUCUUUAACGAAGUAUACAAGACUUAUAACUCCAAUCAGUUGCCCUUUGUAAUCGCGGAUGUUCGUCUAGAUAAAUCAAGAUAUGAUGUCAACGUGAGUCCAGACAAACGUACAAUAUAUAUUCAUGAUGAAAAGAAAGUUGUUGACGCCAUGAAGAAUCAACUGAUCCAGGUAUUUGAGCCGUUUCGAUCGACCUUCUCCGUUAACAGUAAUUCAAGUCUUGUCUUUGACUCUGAAAAUUCCAAAUGCCAAAACCGUCAACCGUAUGAGGAUACGGUAGGAUCACUUGCCAAUAAGAGCGUCGAUAGACAAUUAUCCAGAUUGCCGAAAGACGACGCAGAAGUAGAUUCUACUACAUCAGGGAUAUCCGAGAUUGAUCCUAAGGAAAAAAACCAGGUCACGCAAGUGGUGUCAUCAAAAAUCGCGUCCACCGAGAAAUUAAGAUCUGCGUGUAUUACCGAGACGCCAAAGAUAUGUUUGCAAGUAAAUCAAACUGCAUCCGACAAUGAAUAUUCACUGAAGCGCCAGAGAAUCAACGUAGACAUUGCAAGUGAUGAUAUCGUGAAAAGGAACUCUAACUCUAGACCUGUGUUGAACCCAGCACUUGAGACGAUUUCGAUAGAGUACGAGCCAAACGAACCUGCAAACCGAACUGAACUAAGUGUGCAAUUUGACAUUAACAAACUUAAAAAUAGAAAGAAGAACAAAAAAGCUACACUGAUACGAAAAUUACCCGACAAAACUCACCUUGUCGAUGCCGGACUCGACGCAGAAAGCAACGCAAUAGCUGAACGUGAAUUGAAUAGAGUUAUAUCAAAGGAAGAUUUCAUUCGAAUGAAGGUCGUGGGUCAAUUCAAUCUUGGUUUCAUUAUAGUGAAGCUAGAUAGUGUAUCUGGAGGUGACUUGUUUAUAGUUGAUCAGCAUGCUUCUGACGAGAAGUAUAACUUUGAGACUUUACAACGUCAGACGAGGCUGCAUUCUCAACAGUUGAUUAGUCCUAUGCAGCUGCAAUUUACUGCCGCUGAGGAGUUAGUUGCGAUUGAAAAUAUUGACGUUUUGAAAGCCAAUGGAUUUGAACUGCAAGUUGAUGAUAAAGCUCCACCAACAAGGAGAUUGAAAUUAGUAGCGCAACCGAUAAGCAAGAACACCGUAUUUGGCACUAAAGACUUGGAAGAGUUGAUUUUUUUAUUAGCUGAGCGGCCUGGUGAAAUGGUUCACUGCUCGCAAGUACGCAAUAUGUUUGCAUCUCGCGCAUGUCGUAAAUCUGUGAUGAUAGGAGACCCAUUGAACAAGCGGCAAAUGAAACAGAUCGUAAACAAUAUGGGCACCAUAAGUCAGCCUUGGAACUGUCCGCAUGGGAGACCGACAAUGCGACAUCUGUUUGACCUGUCACAGACUUGGGACAUUAAAAAUCAUAAGCGGCGUCUGGAUAAAGGCAGCUUGGUCAAUUCUUUACUUAAUUCAUAA